UUCCCAUCAUUAUUUAUUUAUUUAUUUACAUUACUCUCAUUCGUUCUCUCUCUCUCUCUUUCUACUCCGAUUGAAACUUUUAUAGAUCUACUUGAUUUUGUGGAUGGCUCCUUGUGAUAAAAAUCCAUCCAAGUGUGGUGGCGAUGGCGAUGAUGAUUUGAAGACGAAGAAGUACCUUUUCAAACAGAAAUUUCCUACUUUUAAGAAGAAAGCCAUAGAGCUCUCUGUUCUUUGCGGCAACUCUGUUGGCUUCAUCUGUCACGGUCCCGACAACGAUCUCCAUGUCUGGCCUGAUCCUCAAGAUAACCCACAAGCGUUACCGGAGAUUGUUGGAAAAUUCAAUUCGUUGAGCGACCACAUGAGGAUGAGUCACGCCUCGGAUCUCUUCGACUUGCCACAUCUCAAGGGUUUGUCAAAUGAAGAAUUGCUUAGACAUCUCGCUAAGCUUAACUCCCAAUCAGUUGGGAUCAAGCAGAAAAAGAUGAGUUUAUUAACAAAAAGAGGAAUCUCGAAGAAGCCGCCCAAUGAUGAUCAUCUUAGGGUUUCAGACAACAACGCCGCCGCCAUCAUCUCAAACCGCAAGGAGGCGGCGGCUUUGUCCGAUGAUCAAUUAGGGUUUAGGGAUCACGAAACUGUUAACAAUUUGGGAUCUAGUGCUGCUGCUUCCAAGGUUUGUAGUGUUUCUGAUUCUUCUCUGCACAAUCCUCCUCUCACGUUAGGGUUAUCUUGCGGCGAUUAUUCUCCGGUGGAUCCACUGCCGGCCACUGAUCACAUGAACCCUCGUUGCGAGAAUCAAGUAAUACCUUCCCACCAGCAAAAUCAAUCACUGUUACGCUCAUCUUCUCCAAGCAAGUCCUGUGGUGAUGAUGAUGAUGAUGAUGAUGAUUUGAAGAGGGCGAAGAGGAACUUUUUUAAACAGAUAUUUCCUACUUUUAAGAAAAAAGCAACAGAGCUCUCUGUUCUUUGUGGCAACUCUGUCGGUUUCAUUUGUUACGGCCCCGACAAUGAUCUCCAUGUCUGGCCUGAGCCGGAAGAGAACCCACAAGCCAUACCAGAGAUAGUAGCCAAAUUCAAUGGUUUAAGUGAUCUGAAGAGGAAGAAUCAUGCCAGCGAUCUCUACGGCCUCCCAAUGCUCAAGGGUUUGUCGGGUGACGAGUUGAGGAACCAUCUCGUCAACCUUGACUCGCACUUACUUGGGAUCAAGCAGAAAAAGAUGAGUAUAAUAGGAAGAAGCAGCUCCACGCACAAGCCUAGGGAUGCUGGUGUUUCGGAUUCUUCUGUGCUCAAUCCUCUCACGUUAGGGUUAUCUUGCGGUGAUUAUUAUCCUGUUGAUUCAAUGCCGGCCACUGAUAACAUGAACCCUUGUUGUGAAAUGGAAGUAAUACCUUCCGACCUGCAAAAUCAAUCAGAGUUAGGUUCGUCUUCUCUUUCUUUGGAGAUGGCUCCUUGUGAUAAUGAUCCAAACAAGUUCGGUGGUGGUUGUGAAAAGGAAGUAAUACCUUCCGACCAGCAAAAUCAAUCAGAGUUACGUUUGUCUUCUCUUUCUUUGGAGAUGGCUUCUUAUGAUGAUGAUGAUGAUGAUGAUGGUGUUUCGGAUUCUUCUAUGCUCGAUUCGUCAGGGUCAUCUGGCGGGGACAGUCUUCCGAUGGAUCUAAUACCGACAACAACAUAUAGUUUGGAGGUUUGUGCCAACGAAGGUGCGUCGGAUGAACUUUCUCGGAUAGAUUUGCAUUUUGCUUCAACACUAUUUCCUGGCUAGGAGGAGCCACUGAUUUUUGGCCGUCGUCAAGAUUAUAAUUGUAAGGGUAUGAUCACUAGUGGUUGAAAUCUUUGUAAUCCAGAUCUGUAUAUAUUUCUUGGGGAUUAAUCAUUGUUAGAAGUCUCUGAAGUUGUGUACGUUUUUCUUCUCUUCUUGUUUAUUAUUUGAUGAAUAUGUGAAUGAACACCCCCCCCCCCCUCGAUCACUAUGUAUGUCAUCUCUGCAAUUGACAUUCAGGUUAUGCAUUAUGCACUAAUCACUACUUUGAGGUCAGUUAGCUCUCUCACACUCUCUUAUGCUCUGUUUCUAUUCUCUGUUUUUAACAGAAGCAGAGUUACUCUCUCUCUCUCUUGUGUUUGUUUCUCUUCACACCAAACGUUUCUUUACUAAGAGAGAAGAGAGAAACUUUAAUUGUCUACAUUUUGAUAUUGGAUCCAAGGAUAGAUUUCUUACAAACACAAGACACACAUACAUAUAGUGGUUCUCCACUUGCUACAGUUGCAUACUUAGACCUAAUCAUGAUGACUAGUACACUACACCAUACUCCUAGGUACACUUACAUCAACAACACUAGCAACAACUCUUUAGACUAACAACUACAACAAUUAUUCUACUUGUCCUUUACUAACAAAACACCCUUUCUCUUGUUGGACCUGUUAGUGUUUAAUGUCUAUCUAACAAACUACAACAAUUUAUUUGAAACACAUGUCUUAGGUACUUCCAGCACCUUUGUUUCUGUUAUCAUUAGGCGAACUACUUCAUAGCUAUCGUUUUCAUCAUUGUAUAGUCUCUGGCUAGUUUAAAUUCUUUGUGUUUUUACAGCAUUGCUCUUUUCAAAACUUCGCUUUGGUUGGAAGAUGAAAACGAUAGCUAUGAAGUAGUUCACCUAAUGAUAACAGAAACAAAGGUGCUGGAAGAUGACUGCUCAUUCAAUCUCUCAAAAACGCUCGAAUCUUAAGACGUUUAUGGCGGUGGCUGAAAAGGAUAAUUCCGUUUUACUGCACGAUAUAACCUCUUCUUUCGAUCUUUUAUCUAUUUGUCGCAACGAUAAUCAGGGUUCUGGUAUGCGUGAAGCCCUGGAGAGUGAGAACCAAAUACGUAGAGACUGGAAUAAUGGCUCAGACUUAUUGUAUUCUCAUGUAGAUUUAAAAGUUGGUGAUAAAGGAGAUUUGGCAUAGUUUACGGGAGGUCGCCGUAUAAAUUUUACUUUGGGUGGCCAAGGAAGCAAUUUCAGUUAUAGAGCCGUGCUUCUUGAUGCUCAGAAGCAAACUGAGCCAUUUGUGUAUCAUUUUGGUGUUUUUCUUGUCCCCAAGACUCGUGCUCAUGAGUGGCUGUUCUGUUCAGAGGAAGGACAGUGGCAGGUUGUCGAGAGUUCUCAGGCCGCUCGUCUCAUAAUGGUUUUUCUCGACAGUAGCCAUAGUGGCGCCACCAUGGAGGAUAUACAGAAUGAUUUAUCUCCCAUGGUGACACAACUAGCUCCUAGAAAUGAUGAUGAAGAAGCUCGUAUACCGUAUAUAUGAUGGCAAGUGAUGGGAUCAAAAAGCGUGAUACUGUCCAUGAGGUUACAUCUUCCUUGACUGGAAAAGUGGUCGUUGAAGAUGUGGUUUAUGAAAGCACUCCUAGUAAUCCUGAAGGCUAAUCUCCUUCUACCAUCCUCCACUGUUCGAGCCCUUUGGAGGAUGGUAGAAGGAGAUAAGUGUCAAUCGAAAAAACUCACCCUGAUCAAUCCUUUUAAACGAAAAUUACCUCAAUAUCGGAAAAUGGCAAGCAUCCAUGGAGGAACAUCGGAAGUAACCCUGCUCCAAGACCAAUUAUAACAGUCUUUACCUGAAAAGCAUCAGAUCAUUUCUAAAUCAGUACAAGGCAGAGACAGACAAUUCAGAGUGGUUGCACCAUGAACUUAAUCUGAAAACAACGAGGCAUGACUUAAUAGUGCUCACCAUCUUUCCGCCCGGUUCAGCCUUCUUCAGGUAGGAAGAUACCAAUGUGAA